AUGGCGACUACGGGAUCAAGCUACAGUGCCUCGACAGAUCAAGUCCGUUCAUCUCUCGCGAACCUAGGAAACGCAGCUGGUGUUUGUAUAAUGAGCAAUGCGUGGAAAGAUGAACAAGAGCCUUCACUGAUCAGAUUCAUAUCAGCAUUCCUCAGCUCAAACUCUUUCCGUCUUAACUUCGUCUCCAUUUCCCCUGAUCUGAUCUUCAACUGUGGAGGCGUCUCUGUUGCUUUUGUUUUUGUGACGAAAUGGGAUUGUUGCAAUGUUGCCUCCAUCUUCAGCAGAGUUAAGAGGCUGAAAGGGCAAUUUGCAAGACUAUACGUUGUUGCCACACUUUCAACUAAAGAGCAGAGUGAUUCUUUCGUGAGAUCUUACUUCCAGUACGAGAUGGAGUUUGGGAAACCUGCGUUUGUGCAAGUCACUGAUGCCGAGAUGGGAUUCGAGAAGAUUGUUAAGAUUGCUCACUCUCGCGGAGUGUGCAAGCAACAGAAGGUGGCGUCUAAACUCAAAGCUGAGAGAAAGCGAAGUGUGCAGGAUACGAACAUGUUCGUCAGACUUGUCACAUCCAUACCCAACAUUAACAAACAUGAUGCAAACACGUUAUACCAAGCAAUUGGUUCGAUUGAAGCUAUCGCCAAAACAUCCAAAAAGGACAUUUUAGCAAACACAGACCUCUCUUCUGAAAAGGCUGAGACUCUCAACAGGUUUUUCCAAGAUCCGGAGUUCUACUUCAGUCCCAAAUUCAACUGA